AUGGACGAAGGAAACGCCAGCAGCGAUGUCGAUGCUAUUCACCUUGAGCCUUGCCUUCCCAUUGUGAUCUCCAGUGACGAAGAAGAGGCUCAGCCUUCGCGUAGGCCAAAGAGAACUAGGCGGCAGAGUAUUGUUUCUGGAUUUCGCCCUGCCUCGAAAAUCGAGUCUCGUACACUUCUUGACGCCACUCAUGACAAUGACAAUAGCUCCGAUGCGGCAACGAAUUGGAAAGGCAAGGGAAUCGCGCGACACAGACACGAUGUCACUGACAGUGAGAGCCCGCUCAAGAGGCGCAAGUUGAUCAAAGGAACUAGGCCUUCUUCUCAAGAUGGAUCGGAUGAAUUGUUAGACGACAUUGAUGAAGCCGCUAUUAUCGAUACUCGACUGCGAACUGGGAUCAAAAUGUCAGUAUACCAGCAGAAUUUAGAGAAGCUGAUACGUAAAAAGCGAGGAAUAGCAAUGCAAGAAGAAUCUACUGAGUCAGAAGAUAGCGACGAUGAAGGCGUUGGAAAUGAAACUUCCGCUUUUACGGGCGCUAAACCCACUGCAGAAUUUGGGAGCGAUGUUUCAGAUGAAGACGAGAAUACUACCUCAGAUGGGGAUGACUUCAUCGUUGAAGAUGAUGGCCAGGAAACGGCGCCUGAGCUGCCUGCAGCUUUUAGCAUGAGAUCGCAUCAGGAUCUUGCUCACCACUUCAAGAUCGCAUGCCAAUUUUUUGUCCACCUUGCCGUCCUACCACAAAGGAGGCGGAAGUCCUUCUUCAGGACAACACUUCAAGAGAAUGAAUACUUUUCCCUUCCCGUGCAGAUCAUCCGUCGGCAGCUAGGUAGUUUACGGGAUUCUUUGGUCGCCUCUUCCGUCUGGAAACCCCACUUUCGGAAGGCUCUCGAGACUCAUCCAGAGUUUUCAUUGACUAUGAUAGAUUUCGCCGUACCUGAUUGCGAUGCAUGUCGAUUGAGCGGAAGGCUGUCGACCAUGUGUGGAAGAUUGAACGGCAUUGAGGAUGAAAUGGAUUCUGAGGACUCGGACUCAAAUGAUGACCACGAUUAUACCGACGAUAAUAAGUCCAAAAAAGAAUAUCAUCUCGGUCGAUUUUGCGCUGCACGUGCGCAAACGUUCCACAGGUUCUCACACUGGGAGUAUCACCUUUUCCAGGCCCUUCUCCGCGAAGUAGAUCAUCUUCGGAUCUCCAAUGGCAAACAUGGCUUUACACGUGUCGCCAGAAGCAACAUGAAGCCCCCUAGUGACUUAUCAAACCCCGAUAGUAUCUUGGAUUGGUUAGAGGGGACAAACGUCAUCAGUAUGGAAUGGCAAAGGCUCAAAGAGUUGAUGGAGAGCGCACGAAAGUUAGAAGGGAACAGAGAGCUGGAUGUCGAAGUUUCUUGA